CCAAACCCAAUUGCAACCUAUUAUGCGAUUCAAGUAUAUGAUACCAGUGCUGGGGCGGUUGUUAAUGGCGACCAGUCCACCAUCUCCAGUUACCAGCUCUGUCUCCUCUCUCAUGGAUUCCAACUGCAUCGGAGGUUCGCUAAGGCUUAGUAACUUAGCCCAGCAGCUCCGUCUCUACAAACCUCCCCCUUCCUUCGACGAUGAUAUCGAGGAGCAACGAAUCGAAGAAAGUGCGGGGAAGGUAGUUUCUCAGGUGGGUAUUGCAGAAUCGGCAGCACCAAUUACUCACCCAGAAAAAUUCAAGCCCAAGAGAGCAGCGGUGCUUGUCUGUCUCUUCGAAGGUGACGGUGGGGAUCUCCGGGUCAUCCUCACCAAACGCUCAUCGAGGCUUUCUACUCAUUCAGGUGAAGUGUCGUUGCCGGGAGGGAAAGCGGAGGAGGGCGACGCAGAUGACAGCGAGACGGCCACAAGGGAAGCUCAGGAGGAGAUCGGGCUCGAUCCUUCGCUUGUUAAUGUCGUGACUGUUCUCGAACCUUUCUUAUCUAAGCACCUUCUGAGAGUUGUUCCUGUGAUCGGAAUACUUACUGAUAAACAAGCAUUCAAGCCCAUGCCAAAUGCUGCUGAGGUGGAAGCAAUAUUUGAUGCCCCCUUAGAAAUGUUCAUCAAGGAUGAGAACCGGAGAUCAGAGGAGAGAGAAUGGCUUGAGGAGAAAUACUUGAUCCAUUUCUUUGACUACACAACAGAGGACAAGAAGUAUAUGAUAUGGGGUUUGACUGCUGGGAUCUUGAUUCGAGCGGCAUCAGUUGUGUUCCAGCGGCCUCCCGCCUUCCUGGAGCAGAAUCCUAGGUUCAAGGUUCUUAGAUCUCUUAAUGGACAGACUUCCCUGCCCUGAAACCAAAGACCAUUUGGUUGAGCCGUGUACUAUUUUCUUGGCCUUGAGUGAUAAAAUCCACAAGCUACACUGGUUGGAAUGGUUUUGGUUUGCCAAUCAUGGUUUUCCUAUUAUUUGAGUUUUACUUCUUGAACAAAAGGUCAGAAAUAA